AGUGGUCGCCGCCACAGGGAGAGAUUGAAGAAGGCAGCGGGGCCAGAUAGAAGGGAGCCUGCAGGGGCGGCCCUGUCAGAUGGAGCACAGUGGAACAAAGGGGCCACAGUUGAGCCAAGGGACAGAAGGGGGUCAGCGGGGAGAGCCAGCUGUGCAAAGGCCGCAGCAGAGGGGGGUCGGAGACAGGAGCGCUUAAGACCUGAGAUCCCCUGUGCAGCUCUCUUGGUUCCUGGAUCCUGGAGCAGAGUUCCCCAGAAUACACAUCUGGGCUGCACUUCAUGGCUCCGGGACUGGAAACCUAUCCCUUUACUUCACCAAUCACAACUGUGAGGAACCAGGUCUCAGGAAGGAACCAUGGCAAAGGCCAGAGCCCCCAGGUGCAAUCUUUCCCGGAAUCUGAGCUUUUUGGUUCUACUGAGCUGUCGGGGGUCCACACUGCCAGCUGAUACACACUCUCUUAGUUGCAACGUCAUUGUUAAGACUCAUACCACACCUCCACAGCCCUGGUGUGAAGGACAGUGCUCAGUGGAUGGAGAGCCUUUCCUUCAGUAUGAUAAUGACAACAAAGCCACACCUUUGGGUGACCUGGGAAAGGCAGCACAUGCCUCCCAAGUGUGGAAAGAUUUUAUCCAAGGGCUGGAAUACUUGGGACAAGAGCUCAGGAAGAUGCUGGCUGACACCAAUCUGGGGACAACCAAGAUCCGAGGUCACCCCACUUUACAGACCGUCAUGCUUUCUCAGCUUGAACAAGGACAGAUUGUUGGUGCCUCCUUGUUAUUUAACAUCAGUGGAAAGUACUCCUUCACCUUGAACACAAUGAAUAUGAGCUGGAUACCGAUUAGUCUUGAAGCUGGAGGUAUCAUGAAUAAAUGGACAGAUGAUGAGGAACUAACCAAAUGUCUGAAGAUCUCCAUGGCAACUUUGAGUCACUGGCUCAAGGAAUUCUUAAAGCUCCUCAUGGAAAGGACAAGAUCAACAUCAAUGGCCCCGGAUAUCACCCAGCUUCAAUCUACCACCCAACUUCUAUCCAGCACCAAGUUUCAAUAUGAGGAAGUAUUCAUCCCCCUGGGACUCAUCUCCAUUCUCAUAGCCUUUGUUUUUUGCAUUUACAUGUAUGUGAAAAGGAAAUCCCAAGGAGAGGCCAGAAGAAGCCAUUGGAUCCCCUGGAACUGGAGCUACAGAUGGUUGGAAAUACAGGGAACUGAACGCAGGUCUUCUCCAAGAGUACCAAGUGCUCUUAACUGCUGAGCCAUCUCUCCAAAAUACUAAUAAAUUUCUUAAAAAGACUACAAAUGCUUGAAUAUUAUUAAGCACAGGGAAGGUAUUAAAACAAACUUCAUAAAACAGUUAUAUGUUUCAUAAUCUAAAAGCUAAACACAAUAUUUUAAUGACUAUGGGUUGUAAUGGCUAAUUAUGACAUCAUUUGUAGGAAUGUACUAUGGUGAGAGGGACUCACAGGUCCUUCCAACAAAGAUGCUAGGAAUAUAGCAAUAUUGAAUGAAACUGGUAAAUAUAAGGUAUGUGCUGAGUAGUUUUGUGUCAACUUGACAUAAGCUAAAGUUGUCUGAGAGGAGGGAACCUCAAUUUUAAAUAUGCUUCCCUA